AUAACAGAUCGUUUUCAGUUUUCUCCUACCCACUCAGCCCACUCCCAGACAGUCCAAGCAAAAAUUGUUGUUUGAGGAAUUUCUCUUCGCUAAGAAGCUAUCUUUGUUUCUUUUUGACAAUUUCAAUAGAAAACAAUCACAGUAAGGUACUUAAUUGUUGGGGAUAGAUGAUUUAAUAUAGAAAAACGGCUGUAUUGGACCUUUAACGAUCAAGUUAUAAUAUUUACUCACCAUUGGCCCUAUGUUGACAUGUGGUCGAGCCCCGCUGCCGCCAGAUGGCGCUAUUAUUCCUCACGUCUUUUGUAAUUGCCACGUAAGGAAUAAUCGCGCCCUCUGAUGGCAACAGGGUUGAAACAGCGUGACACAGUUCAUUCGAGAAAUGACGUACCUCAAGGGGCGCGCAUGACCUGUUGGACUGGAAUAUGUAACGCAGGACUUAGUGGAACAAAUAUCGCCUGCCGAAAAGGAAAGUAAAGUUUCUUCUAGCUGUUCAGUGCCCUGUUUCUACAGUCCAGACGAGAUCAACACUGUCCUGAACCCCUGUCCUAGUGAGAGGAACAGACCUAGUGAUGUCCCAACCUGACAGGAAUAUCUAUUCUUCAUUGGAGGGGGGCAUCCAGCCCCCAAAUGUAGGCUUUGGGCAGCCAAGCCCACCAGGAUAUGGGAUGACCUUACCCAACACGCAGGGAAUGUCGAACCCAUUUGGGGGGCCAGGGCCUGCUCCAGAGGGGAUGCCCUUCCCCACGCCUGGGGCAUUUGGUCAGCCCAUGUACUCCCAGGGUCAGGAGAACCCAGGAUAUGGGAUGACCUUACCCAACACGCAGGGAAUGUCGAACCCAUUUGGGGGGCCAGGGCCUGCUCCAGGGGGGAUGCCCUUCCCCACGCCUGGGGCAUUUGGUCAGCCCAUGUACUCCCAGGGUCAGGGGAACCCAGGAUAUGGCACUGCACCUUACGCUCCCAUGCCUGGGGCCUACGGUCAGGGCUUUGACAACCCAAAUCAUGACCCAAACACUGGUUACCACAGCGAUGAUCAACCCCCAGCCUUUAGUGACAAUAGUUCCUUCUCUCUUGGCUCUGGACUGGAUGACAAGACCAUAAGACGAGCCUUCAUCCGGAAAGUCUUCAUGGUGUUGACCGUCCAGCUGAUGGUAACAUUCACCUUUGUGGCUGUCUUCACCUUUGUGGAGGAAAUCAAAGUGUUCGUCAGGGCCAACACAUGGACCUACUGGGUAUCCUAUGGCAUCUUCUUCGUCUCUCUCAUCACCAUCAGCUGCUGUGGAGAGUUUCGCCGUAAACAUCCAUGGAACCUGAUUGCACUCUCCAUCCUGACCCUGGCUAUGUCCUACAUGGUGGGGAUGAUAGCUAGUUUCUACGACACGGACUCAGUCAUCAUGGCCGUGGGCAUCACUGCUGUUGUCUGCUUCACCGUGGUUAUCUUCUCUCUCCAGACCAAGUAUGACUUCACUUCCUGUCACGGUGUGCUGUUGGUCUGUCUGAUUGUCCUGUUCCUCUUCGGCUUCCUCUGCAUCUUCAUCCGCAACAAGAUCCUGGAACUGGUCUAUGCCUCGCUGGGCGCUCUACUCUUCACAUGCUUCUUGGCUGUGGACACUCAGCUGCUGCUUGGCAACAAGGAGAAUGCCCUGAGUCCAGAGGACUAUGUUUUUGCUGCUCUCUCCCUGUACACUGACAUCAUCAACAUCUUCCUCUACAUCCUGACUAUCGUUGGAAGAGCACGGAACUGAGAGCUUCCUCUAAAGGAACCAUUGAAGGAUGAAGGAGUCUUUUUACAGGAGUUACCAAUCUGUUCCCAUAUCUAGUACAACACCUGCUCCACAUUGUUUUAUGUGCCCAUGUCUCAGGUGAACACUGCUGUCGCCUGUCGUUCCCCCCCCCCCCUAGCAAACUCAGUCCGGCGUUGAACUUACUCUUGAAAGUUGUAAUAGUAGAAUGCACAAGGUGACAUUUGUAAAUUGGGUGGUGCAUCAUCAGUUCCUCUUGUCAGUCAUUACGUACCAUGUUUGGGUAACCCUGAUCUGGCAGAUGCUCUUAUCCAGUGCAAUGUAUUUUUCUAUUGUGUUACUAUUUUUCUUUGCUCAUUUUUCGUACUUUUUAACUCUGCAUUGUUGGGAAAAGACUCGUCAAUAAGCAUUUCACAGUGAAGUUACACCUGUUGUAUUCGGAGCAUGUUACAUGAUUUGACUUAGUCCGUUCAUUCAACUUGGGUAACUAAACAACCACAUAUCACAGUCAUAGCAAGUAACUCUGCUUGAUAGUACUCCCUCAUGUUCAUUGUGCUCAUUUUUACCACAAUCCAGACUGGUUUAAAUUGUGUAGUGUGAAUAAUUAAUCAUAUUUGAAUUCAAUUUGUUUUGUGAUAUUUCUGAUGUUUGUGAGUCUUUGCAGCUGUAUUUGUUGAUAUUUAUUCAAUUAAAACUGAAUUGUGAUC